UGGCCUGAUGCAGGAAAAGCACGAUCAUAUGUGUUGUAAGAUCUGAUUAGGUCUAAAUAUCAAAAACCAAGUUGAAAUUAAGAUACAGUUUAGCAAGGAAGUUGGUGCAUAUUUAUAGAUAUACCACCAAUUAGAGACGGUUAAAGGACUAUCUCUGUCAUUCUACAGUACCAGUAGAUAUCUUAAACGGCAGAACUACGCAGACACCCAGACAAGUGUUACACAAUGAAGAGCAAACUGGAUCACUGGGCAGAUAUCUUGGUUCUCUUCCUAUACUUUGCUGUAGUGUUGGCUGUGGGAUUAUGGUCCAUGAGGAGAUCAAAUCGUGGAAACGUGCAGAGUUAUUUCCUGGCCGGACGUUCGAUGCCAUGGUUUGUGGUAGGUUCCUCUAUUUUUGCCACUAAUAUUGGGAGUGAACAUUUUAUAGGACUGGCAGGCGCUGCAGUUUCAACAGGCAUAGCAAUGAUAUUAUUUGAGUGGCUCGCGAUAUACCUCCUGGUACUGUGUGCAUGGUGUUUCGUGCCUGUUUUCAUAUCAGCAGGGGUUUAUACCAUCCCAGAGUACAUUGAAAAGAGAUUUGGAAGCAGAAAAAUCCGUAACUACUUUGUAGUGAUGACCCUCACCUUCGCCAUCGCUAACAAACUCGCCGCCAACAUGUUUGCUGGGUCGUUGUUUAUACAACUAGCCACAGGGUGGAAUAUGUACUUAUCAGUCACCGUAUUGCUGCUCGUCACCGCAUUCUACACAGUGUUGGGUGGCCUAGCGGCGGUUAUGUUAACCGAUACACUACAAACCGUCAUAAUGAUGAUUGGGUCCUUUAUAUUAGCCGGUAUCUGUUAUACUAAGGUUGGCAGUUGGACAGAGCUACGGGAACGGUACAUGGCUGCCAUACCUAGUGUUCUCCAGGACAACAGCACUUGUGGUUUCCCUAAUACUGACGCGUUCUCUUUGUACCACGAUCCUGUGGCCGGAGAUAUGCCAUGGACUGGACUCCUGGCUAUGGCAACAGUGGGCAGUCUGUUCUACUGGUGUGGAGACCAGGUAAUCGUCCAGAGAUACCUGGCAGCCAGCACACUACAGGAAGCCAAGGCGGGAGCAGUACUAGCCAGUGCCCUUAAGAUUUUACCUAUGUUCAUCAUGAUCAUACCCGGACUCGUCAGUCGUGUGUUGUUCACAGACGAAGUGGCCUGUGUCGACCCUGACGAGUGUAUGAGAAUAUGUGAUAACCCUACGGGAUGUUCUAAUAUCGCCUACCCAAAACUGGUGUUAGAGUUACUCCCUACAGGUAAAGUAUAUAUCCCAAACAUCGCCUACCAAAAACUGGUGUUAGAGUAA